GAAGUGGGAUUGGGGCACGAGAGAGCGCGAGGGAGGGGGUCACGGGUGGAUGGUAACUGCCGCUCUAACAGGGGGAUUUGCACUUUCACCAGGAGAUAUGAUACUCAGGAGAAGUCUCAACUUGCUGCCUAUUUUAUUACUUUGCUCCUCAGCGCUACCUCAAGAUGGUGAGGUCACAAUGGAUGACGACACAACGUUUGACCUGUUUGAUAUUAGCGGUAUCACACGCAAGACUCUGGGCGCCAAGCAAUUCCGUGGCCAAGACACGGACAACCCCGCUUACCGUUUCAUCCGCUUCGACCAUUUGCCCUCUGUGAGCGCGCCCGUGCUCAAACAGAUGCUUCUGCAAAUCCAGAACAACGAGGGCUUCGUGUUCGUGGCCAGCAUGCGCCAGGACCGCGGUUCGCGGGGAACCCUCAUCGCAUUGGAAGGCGCCAACGGCCAACGGCAGUUUGAAAUCGUCUCCAACGGUCGUGCCAACACGCUGGACCUUGUCUACUGGGUGGACGGCUCUCAAAAUGUUGUCUCCUUCGAGGAUGUUGACCUGUCUGACUCGCAGUGGAAGAAUAUCACACUUCAUGUUCAUGGCGAAAAUGCAAAUCUGUUUGUGGGCUGCAGUCUCAUCGACAGCUUCAUCUUGGAUGAGCCUUUCUACGAGCACCUGCAGGCAGAGGAUAGCCGAAUGUUCGUCGCCAAGGGAUCCAUCCGCGAAAACCAUUUCAGGGGCUUACUGCAGAAUGUUCGCUUCAUGUUCGACACAUCCGUGGAUGAUGUUCUGAGGAACAAAGGCUGUGAAGUCACUAAGGCUGACGAGGCCAACGUGGUGGUGAGUGAGAGCACAGAUAUGGAGGAUGUGAGUACCUCUACAGCCAUCACCACUAACUUCAUCGGCCAAAAGACAGAGAAGCUGGGAGCAGAUAUGUGUGAACGAUCCUGUGAGGAACUCAGCACCAUGUUCCAGGAGCUCAAAGGACUGCGGGUUGUAGUGGGGAACCUCAUAGACGGCCUGCAGAAAGUGACAGAGGAAAACACAGUAAUGAAGGAUGCUUUGGGGAAGAUGAAGAACUCCAAGGAGAAACACAUGUGUUGGCAGGACGGACGGCUGUUUGAAGAUAAGGAGGACUGGGUGGUGGACAGCUGCACCACGUGUACCUGUCAGGACUCAAAGAUCGUGUGUCACCAAAUCACUUGUCCUCCUGUGGCCUGUGCUAGCCCCUCCUUCAUCGACGGAGAGUGUUGCCCUGUCUGUCUGUCUAAGGACAGUGAGGACGGCUGGUCCCCCUGGUCGGAGUGGACAGAGUGUACUGUCACCUGUGGGACAGGUACUCAACAGAGGGGACGCUCAUGUGAUGCCACCAGUAACACCUGCUCUGGACCAUCCAUCCAGACCAGGAAAUGCAGCCUGGGAAAAUGUGACAGCCGAGUUCGUCAGAACGGUGGGUGGAGCCUGUGGUCUCCCUGGUCAUCAUGCUCAGUGACGUGUGGCGAGGGCCAGAUCACCAGGAUACGCCACUGCAACGCACCCACACCACAACUGGGGGGCAAGGACUGUGAGGGCCAGGGGAGAGAUACACAGCGCUGUGAGGCCAAGCCCUGUCCCAUUGAUGGUGGUUGGGGACCGUGGUCGCCAUGGGCGAUCUGCUCGGCAACCUGUGGGGGUGGAGUUAAGGGUCGGACCCGUGUCUGUAACAGCCCCGAACCCCAGUACGGAGGAAAGAAGUGCCCUGGGGAGACCAACGACAGUGAUGCCUGCAACAAACAAGAAUGCCCUAUCGACGGUUGUCUGUCUAACCCAUGCUUCGGAGGAGUGGACUGUAACAGUGCCCCCGACGGAUCCUGGGAGUGUGGUCCAUGCCCUCUCGGUUUCCGCGGCAACGGAACCCACUGUGAAGACGUCAACGAGUGUGACAUGGUGUCUGACAUAUGCUUUAAAGCUGGUGGAGCAUCGCGUUGCAUCAACACAGACCCAGGGUUCCACUGUCUGUCCUGCCCACCCCGCUACAAGGGAACGCAGCCCUUCGGCAUGGGGGUGGAAGCUGCCAAGAAGAACAAACAGGUCUGCGAGCCAGAGAACCCCUGCAAAGACAAGACCCACAACUGUCACCGGUCCUCAGAGUGUAUCUACAUCAGCCACUUUAGUGAACCCAUGUACAAAUGUGAGUGCAGGAUCGGCUACGCUGGUGAUGGCUUCAUCUGUGGAGAGGACUCAGACCUCGAUGGAUGGCCUAAUCAGAACCUGGUGUGUGGGGCCAACGCCACCUAUCACUGCAAAAAGGAUAACUGCCCCAACCUGCCUAACUCUGGACAGGAAGAUUUUGACAAAGAUGGUCAGGGAGACGCUUGUGACCAGGAUGAUGACAACGAUGGAAUCGUGGAUGAAAGAGACAACUGUCCUCUAAUGUACAACCCCAGACAGUUUGACUUUGAUAAGGAUGAUGUGGGAGAUCGUUGUGACAACUGCCCCUACGAACACAACCCUGCCCAGAUCGACACCGACCACAAUGGGGAAGGUGACGCCUGUGCUAUCGACAUUGAUGGAGAUGAAAUCCUAAACGAGCAAGACAACUGCCCGUACUUGUACAACAAUGACCAGAAGGACACUGACAUGGAUGGAGUCGGUGACCAGUGUGACAACUGUCCUCUGCUACACAACCCUGACCAGGCUGACACAGACAAUGACCUUGUAGGAGACCAGUGUGACAACAACCAGGACAUCGAUGAAGACGGUCACCAGAACAACCUGGACAACUGUCCUUACGUCGCCAACUCCAACCAGGCUGACCACGAUAAGGACGGCAAGGGGGACGCCUGUGACUUCGACGAUGACAAUGACGGUAUCCCUGACGAUAGGGACAACUGUAGAUUGACACCCAAUAAAGAUCAACUGGACUCUGAUGGCGACGGUAGAGGCGACGCCUGCAAAGACGACUUUGACAACGACAACAUCCCGGACUUCCUUGACGUGUGUCCUGAGAACAAUGCCGUCAGCGUCACAAACUUCCGGAAGUUUCAGAUGGUGCACCUGGACCCCAAGGGAACAGCGCAGAUCGACCCCAACUGGGUGGUUAGACAUCAGGGCAAGGAGCUGGUACAGACCGUCAACUCUGACCCUGGCAUCGCUGUUGGCUUUGAUGAGUUCAACGCGGUGGACUUCAGUGGUACGUUCUACGUGAACACGGACCGGGAUGACGACUAUGCUGGCUUUGUGUUCGGUUACCAGUCGAGCGGCCGCUUCUACGUGGUGAUGUGGAAGCAGAUCACUCAGACCUACUGGGAAGACAAACCCUCCAAGGCCUUUGGUAUCUCUGGUGUCUCUCUCAAGGUGGUCAACUCAACUACGGGCACAGGGGAGAACCUGAGAAACGCCCUGUGGCACACAGGCAACACAAAAAAUCAGGUGCGCACUCUGUGGCACGACCCAAAGAACAUUGGCUGGAAGGAUUACACAGCCUACAGGUGGCACCUCAUCCACAGACCCAAGACUGGAUUCAUCAGGGUUGUGGUCUAUGAAGGGAAACAGAUCUUGGCAGACUCGGGACCAGUGUACGACAAGACGUUUGCUGGAGGACGGUUAGGCCUGUUUGUCUUCUCCCAGGAACUGGUCUUCUUCUCUGAUCUCAAAUAUGAGUGUAGAGAUAAGCUGGAGUUUCCAACUGUGUUGUCCAUCAGAUAACUGAACAGCGUUGGAUGUGAAAACUUCAAAUGGCUUAAAGACACUAAACCUCAUAACCUGAUCAUCAGCCUUUUGCUGAUUCGUUCGUCAUUUCAACCAAUGAAAUGGAGCUUCAGCUUCGCCCCACCAAAGUAUUUUUGCCUCUAACUUUCCAUUGAAGAGGCAGCCGAGGCCUUUUCCAGUUUUUCUGAGUGCCUUAUGUGAAAAGACAUAUCCUUGAGAAAUGAAAACCGAUGACAAAUGAAAAAGGCCUUGUGGACAAAUGAAAAAGGUCUUAGCAAUGAUAAAAACUAAGUAACCGAUGUUGACAACAUAUUAUAGGGAUUAUUUGUACAACCACUUAUGUGCUUUACUCCGAUUUCUUCCAAACUUUUUACAGCUUUACAUUAACAAAAGUAAAUAUAAAAUUAUUGUUACUCGAUAAAUAUUGAUAUUGUUUGUGCAGGAAAAGAGAUCAACUUGAUGCUAAGUACAAUGUACAAUAAAGGCGUCUAGGUUGCUUAGCAACUAAAGGUCUCUGUAUUGACCUCAGCAGUUUCAGCCCUGCAGUGAAAAAUUGGAUCAAUUUUAAUAUUUACUGCCAAAUAUCCACCAAACUCUUAAUCAAUACCAAAGCACACUGAUGUACGUCGCUAACUUGAACAAAGUUCUUAUUUUUUGUAUUGAUUCUUAUUCCACCCAGAAUGCAGUUUUGUUAAAACGGUCUUCAGUUGCUCAUUUAAAAUGUUUGUCAAACUCUAAAAAGGUUGACCGUGAGACCGUCUUAUAGCAUUUUAAAGUACUUUGGGAUGAAGAUGUUUAUACUAAGUUUGUAUUAUAAUUUCUUCUGUAAAUUAUUAUCAGUUUAUGUCUUGCUGGUUUGUUUGUUUUGUUUGUUUGCUUUUUUUGUUAGAGAUUGUAAAUAAUUUAUUUAUUUGUUUACACUGACGAAAUUUCACAAUUGAAGAUUGUUGGAUAUCAACAUAAAAAUUUCUCAAACAUCAAGUUAAAAAUACACUAUCACAAACGUUGUGUACUAUGCAGUGUUAUGCCAUGUGUUAUACUGAACAAAAAUUUUAAUAAUAAAACAACAUGCAACAAUUUUAUUGAUUUUACUGAGUUACAGUUUAUAUGAGAAAAUCAGUUAAUUGAAAUAAAUUCACGAGGCCCUAAUCUAUGGAUUUCACAUGACUGGGAAUACAGAUAUGUAUCUGUUGGUCAAAGAAACCUUUAAAAAAAUGGGCCUCACAGUGGGCCUCAGGAUCUUGUCACAGUAUCUUUGUGCAUUCAAAUUGCCAUCGACAAAAUGGUGUUCAUUGUCCGUAGCUUAUGCCUGCCUGUAACAUAACCCCACCACCACAAGGCACUCUGUUCACAAUGUUGGCAUCAGCAAACCGCUCGCCCACACAACGCCAUACACGUUGUCUGUGGUUGUGAGGCCGGUUUGACAUACUGCCAAAUUCUCUAAAAUGACGUUGGAGGUGUCUUACGGUAGAGAAAUGAACAUUAAAUUCUCUGGCAAUAGCUCUGGUGGACAUUUCUGCAGUCAGCAUCCCAACUGCACAUUCCCUCAAAAACUUGACACAUCUGUGGCAUUGUGUUGUGACAAAACUGGCCUUUUAUUGUCCCCAGCACAAGUUGCAUCUGUGUAAUGAACAUGCUGUUUAAUCAGCUUCUUGAUAUGCCACACCUGUCAGGUGGAUGGAUUAUCUCGGCAUAGGAGAAAUGCUCACUAACAGGGAUAUAAACAAAUUCGUGCACACAAUUUGAGAGAAAUAAGCUUUUUGUGCAUGUGAAAAGUUUCUGGGAUCUUUUAUUUCAGCUCAUGAAACAUGGGACCAACACUUUACAUUUUGCGUUUAUAUUUUUGUUCAGUGUACUUGAUGGAUAUGUUAGCCAAAUGCUCAAGAUAGGCCCUAUAAUCACUCAGAUAAAAUAUACAAAACAAUGCAGUGGUUUUAAGAGAAGAUGUAGUAGCUAUAGUUUGGGUUAGUUGUAACACUCUAUUCCCAUAUCCCUCUAGCAUACCCCUUACAAUGAAGCAAUAGGAUAUUGUGCAUGCAUUCUAAGUAGUAUGCUAGUAUGGACAUUGGAACAUAGCCUUAAGUGUUGAGGAAGUGAAGAUGAUGUAAGAGUGAAACAUUGAUGUAAUGGUAAGAGUGUCAUGUAUGGGGUUAGAUGUAGUAGUAGUACCUGUGAGAGAGCAACAGUGAUUAUUAUGUUAACAGUUCACAGCAUCCUUGACCUUGACAACUGAUGGUCUGAGGUUUGAGUGUGUAUGCCUGGUGUGACAAGGAGCAUUUGACUUCAUGUAAAUGUAAUGUGUUGUUCACAGAUGGAUGAGGAAAGAACUUUCUGCUUUGAAUGAGUGAAAUAUGUAACCAGAUGAAGGCCAUUCUAGAAUCUAUCAAAAAUCUAGUAAAAAGGAUUCUUGUAACUUUUGGUUGACUUAUAUGGAUCAAGGAUAUUUGCAAUGUAUAGCUUUUUGGUUGUUGUUUGUCUGUAUAGCGUUAAUUGUUGCCGGUUUUUGUUUUUUGUAGUUAGUAACUAGCUUAGUUGUAUUUUGUGAGGGAUUUUGCAAUGCAUAAAUGUCAAUUUUUCAGCUUUUCCUUUGUUGUUAGAUCUACAUUGUCUACAAACCAUUUUUGUUAGUCUAUCACUUAAAAGAAAUGAUCUUGUUUCAUAAAUAAAUUGUUUGUACACCA